UGAGCUAACCAACAAAUUUAUUUUGAGAGAAUCAGAGAAUCACGUACAAUUAUAUUGUCGAGUUUAUUCACUUCUUGGUAUUCACGAACUGGAAAAAUGUCAGAUGACAAGGAAAAGGACGAAGAAAAACCUAUAGUGCCAAAAACAGCCGUGGAUCUGCAAAGAUUAAAACUAAUGAAAUUAAUGAAGAACGUUGAUAAACCGGUAAUACUACCGGAACGUCCGAAAGCCAAGAAUACACCUUCUGUACCAGAAUUUGUUCGUAAUGUUAUGGGUAGUAGUGCUGGAGCAGGUAGUGGAGAGUUUCAUGUGUACAGACAUCUGCGACGUAAGGAAUAUGCUCGGCAAAAAUUUAUUCAGGAGAAGGCACAUAAGGAGCUUUUAGAUGACGAAUAUCAUCAGAAAUUAGAAGAGAAUAAAAGAUUGGCAGAGGAGGCCACAGCGAAGAAACGUGCUAAAAGAUUAAGGAAGAAGCAGGGACAUAAGCAGAAAAAACUUAUGGAAGCUAACAAUAAAAAAGACAGUGCCAUCAUGGAUGAAAAGCAUAGCGAAGACGAUAGAGUUCAGAUAGAAUAAACUGAAACUAUAGAAAAUAGUGAAGUAACUGAAGAAAAUGACAAGUUUAAGAAGGUGUCUAUGAAUGAAAAUGAAAUAACAGCGAGAGAAAAGGAAUCAUCAUUAUUUGUGGGAGAAAAUCAAGAAAAUACAUUAAAGACACAAUCUGAGGUAUCAAGUAAAAGUAUUGAAUGUGAAAAUGGCACUUGACAUGUAUAUUAAUCGUCUGAUAUCUCUUGUUGAAUUUGAGAUUGAUCUAGUGUUUUCACUAAAUCUUCUAAUAUGGAGUGCAAUCAAAAUGGAAAUGUGUUUGAGUGUACUCAUUUCAUUCCUGCUUUGAUCUACAAAGUCUAAAUUCAAUGAAGAAACAUUACUUUAAAUUUGAUGUGCACCAUAUUGGAGCCGAAUUGAGAGCUUCGGUGGAAACUUGAAUUUUAAAGCUAUCUAUAUAUCCAGUUACUUAUCCGUGACCAAAAUUAUAUAUUAUACUGUGUAUAUAUAUUAUAG